AGAGGCAGCAACAUGAGUGGACUACGGGAAGAAGAAGGAGUGAUGACAGUUAGGAGUCGUCAUCUUAAUGCAACUUUGGAUCUGCAAGGUGAUGCUCUGGAAGCAGCAGUUUUUGAGUUCAAAGUUUUCAACAUCGUCAUCCUUGCCUUGGCUUCAUGCCUUCUCAUCAUCACCAGCAUCUACUGCAUCAGUGUCUGCUACUACCGCACCAGGCAGUCGAAGAGGGCCCAUAUUUACGAGAGCGCAGUGAGCCGAGCUGAGCCAGCGGACCCCGUAGCGGUCCGAGCGGUGAGGAGGUCGACCAGUUUCAUCAACCCUAUGGCCUUCUUCAGGAGGGCAGACCCAGCUAAAGACAACUCCAGGAUCUACUACAUCUACAGCAACCCCCUUCCUGUGGGGGCCAAGGAGGACGAAGAAGACCCGACGAGGCGAGCCGGGCUGUCGCUGCCACCGUCCAUCGAGGAGUACGCCAAGGACCCCCACAGCGGCAUCAUCCUGGACCCUCCCGUUUUUUACAUGCAACUUUAGAAGGUGGUGUUGGAAGUGGAAGUCGUUUUUUUUGUGGCUCUGGAAGAACUUUGCAGGAGUCGUAAUGAAGUCAUCACGAGCUGACAGAUUUAAAGUUUACAAACUUGGGAACACGUGUGGGUCUGGGGAAAGAUUAAUCAUGGGAAUUGUGGAAUUCUGCAAUUAUGUUUGAUUUUCCGUUGUGAUUUAGUCUUUGACAUCCGCAAGUGUAAUCAUUACACGCUUGAUAGUUUACGCACGAUGCUUCUCAUGUGUUUCAUAUUUAGUGUGUGGGAGUUGGAAGCAAAACUGUGCUUUCUAUAUGCCUCGUCCUUAUUAGGGCGUUGUUGCAAUAUGAGUGUGAACAACGGGUAGCCAAAAUCUGUACCUGGCCUUCGACAUUAAGUACCGUAUUUCCUUGAGUUUUUGGAUUGGAAAAAUGGGAAAAUUGUGAUAUUAAGUCGGCUCUUACAGGAGACUUGAGUUGAUUAUGCAAGCUCCUCCUGUAGCUGUCAAAAAGGCAGCUGUGAUCUUGGCUCCUGCAUUGGCUUCUCUCAGAGACACUGGCGUUCACCGCAGCCCUCCAACAUUCAGGUAUGACUUUAUAAUCUUACUAAAACACUAUUAAACACAAUCAGCAGAUAAGGGAUUUUCCAGAAUUAUCCUAGUAAAUGUGUCUAAUAACAUCUGAAUCGCUCACACUGCCGUUGCCUGGAUAUGUCGCCUUAUCUUUUUUUUUUUUCUGUGCUUCACUCAAACUUUCCUCGUCCACAAAUCUUUCAUCCACGGCGUGGCACAGUGGGAGAGUGGCCGUGCGCAACCCGAGGGUCCCUGGUUCAAAUCCCUCCUAGUACCAACCUCGUCACGUCCGUUGUGUCCUGAGCAAGACACUUCACCCUUGCUCCUGAUGGGUGCUGGUUGGCGCCUUGCAUGGCAGCUCCCUCCAUCAGUGUGUGAAUGUGUGUGUGAAUGGGUAAAUGUGGAAGUAGUGUCAAAGCGCUUUGAGUACCUUGAAGGUAGAAAAGCGCUAUACAAGUACAACCCAUUUAUCAUUUAUUUAUCAUUUAUCCUUGCUCAAAUUAAUGGGGAACUCGUCGCUUUCUCGGUCCAAAUUGGCAAAUUAAUUUAAAACCUCUUCUCACUCCUGCGCUUACCAAAGGCAUGCGGUAAAAGUAAGCAUGCGCUAACUUUUUUAAAACCUCUUCUCACUCCGGCACUUACCAAAGGUAUGCAGUAAAAAAUUUGAGUGUGAUGUAAGCUUGGACCUUAAAGGCCUACUGAAACCCACUACUACCCACCAUGUAGUCUGAUAGUUUAUAUAUCAAUGAUUAAAUAUUAACAUUACAACACAUGUCAAUACGGCCUUUUUAGUUUACUAAAUUGCAAUUUUUAAUUUCCCGGGAGUUUCGUCUUAAAAACGCCGUGUAAUGAUGAUGUGUACGCAAGACGCCACGGGUUUUUAGGAAGUAUGAGCGCUGCACGCACACACACAGCUAAAAGUCGUCUGCUUUAACGGCAUAAUUAUACAGUAUUUUGGAGAUCUGUGUUGCUGAAUCUUUUGCAAUUUGUUCAAUUAAUAUUGGAGAAGUCAAAUUAGAAAGAUGGAGUUGGGAAGCUUUAGCCUUUAGCCACACAAACACACGGUGAUUCCUUGUUUAAAAUUCCUGGAGGUGAAACUUUACUAUGGAUCAGAGCGCGGUCAAGCCAACAUGAAUCCCGACUACAUGUCAACCGGCAGGUUUCUGUGAGAAAAUUGUGGUUAAAAAGUCGCUUCUUACUGGAGAAAAGCUGAGUUUGUGCCGUCCAUAAAGCUGCCGUCGACUUCCCUGAGACAUUGGCGUCAACACACCCGUGGACACACCCCUCCGACUAUCAGGUACUGUUAAUCUCACUAAAACACUAGCAACACAAUAGAAAGAUAAGGGAUUUCCCAGAAUUAUCCUAGUAAAUCUGUCUAAAAACAUCGGACUCCGUCCCACUUUUUUUUUUUCUCUCUAGUCCGUCGCUAUCAAUAUCCUCAAACACGAAUCUUUCAUCCUCGCUCAAACCAAUGGGGAAAUUGUUGUUUUCUCGGUCCGAAUAACACUUUUUGUUGGAGACUCCCAUUAAAAACAAUGUGAAUAUGUGAGGAGCCAUCAACAUGUGACGUCAUCGUCUGCGACUUCUGGUAAAGGCAGGGCAUUUCUCCAGUUGCGAACUUUAUCUUGGAUGUUCUCUACUAAAUCCUUUCAGCAAAAAUAUGGCAAUAUCGUGAAAUAAUCAAGUAUGACACAUAGAAUGGACCUGCUAUACCCGUUUAAAUAAGACAAAUCUCAUUUCAGUAGGCCUUUAAGGCGGUCUGUCAUAACCUUUUUAGCAUUUUACCGGAAAAAAACUGAGCUUGCGCCGUCCAAAAAGCUGCCGUCGACUUCCCUGAGACAUUGGUGUUAAGACACUUGUGGACACACCCCUCCGACUAUCAAGUACUGUUAAACUCACUAAAACACUAGCAACACAAUAGAAAGAUAAGGGAUUUCCCAGAAUUAUCCUAGUAAAUGUGUCUAAAAACAUCGGACUCCAUCCCACUUUUUUUUUUUUCUCUCUAGUCCGUCGCUAUCAAUAUCCUCAAACACGAAUCUUUCACCCUCGCUCAAAUUAAUGGGGAAAUUGUCGUUUUCUCGGUCCGAAUAACACGUUUUGUUGGAGGCUCCCAUUAAAAACAAUGUGUAUAUGUGAGGAACCAUCAACAUGUGACGUCAUCGUCUGCGACUUCCGGGAGAGGCAGGGCUUUUCUCUUAGCACCGAAAGUUGCGAACUUUAUCGUGGAUGUUCUCUACUAAAUCCUUUCAGCAAAAAUAUGGCAAUUUCACAAAAUGAUGAAGUAUGACACAUAGAAUGGACCUGCUAUCCCCGUUUGAAUAAGAAAAUCUCAUUUCAGUAGGCCUUUAAAUCCACCGGAAUAGCUUUUAAUCUUCUUCCCUUUAUGCGAUUUCAAAUUACCGGUAUUGAAAUCAGCCUCCUUCAUUUUGAAAAUGAUGACAGGGGAAGUGUCACUCGUGACGUCACGAGUUUGACCCGGCAGUAAUUCAAGGCAGGCAUAUACAGUACUAUAUGCCAGGGGUCACCAACCUUUUGGAAACCAAGAGCUACUUCUUGGGUACUGAUUAAUGCGAAGGGCUACCAGUUUGAUACACACUUAAAGAAAUUGCCAGAAAUAGCCAAUUUGCUCAAUUUACCUUUAAUAUAUAUAUAUAUAUAUAUAUAUAUAUACAUAUAUAUAUAUAUAUAUAUAUAUAUAUAUAUAUAUAUAAAAGGGUAUUUCUGUCCGUCAUUCCGUCGUACAUUUUUUUUCCUUCUAUGGAAGGUUUUUUGUAGAGAAUAAAUGAUGAAAAAACACUUAAUUGAACGGUUUAAAAAAGGAGAAAACAGGGAAAAAAAUUUAAAUUAAAUUUUAGAACAUAGUUUAUCUUCCUUUUCAACUCUUUAAAAUUCAAAAUCCAACCGAAAUAAAAAAUGAGAAAAACUAGCUAUUUCAAAUCCUUUUGGAAAAGAAAAAAAAAAAAAAAAAAAAAAAUUAUGGAACAUCGUUAGUAUUUUUUCCUGAUUAAGAUUAUUUUUUUAGAAUUUUGAUGACAUGUUUUAAAUAGGUUGAAAUCCAAUCUGCACUUUGUUAGAAUAUAUAACAAUUGGACCAAGCUAUAUUUCUAACAAAGACAAAUCAUUAUUUCUUCUAGAUUUUCCAGAGCAAAAAUUUAAAAGAAAUUCAAAAGACUUUGAAAUAAGAUUUAAAUUGCAUUCUAAAGAUUUUCUAGAUUUGCCAGAAUAAUUUUUUUGAAUUUUAAUCAUAAUAAUAUUCUUCGUCAAAAAAACAGAAGCAAAAAUGAAAAAUUUAAAUGUAUUCAUUAUUAUUUACAAUUAAAAAAACAAAAAACUUGAACACUGAUUUAAAUUGUCUUUCUGAAAGUUAUAAGAAGCAAAGAAAAAAAAAAAGAAUUUAUUUAAACAAGUGAAGACCAAGUCUUUAAAAUAUUUUCUUGGAUUUUCAAAUUCUAUGAGUUUUGCCUCUCUUAGAAUUAAAAAUGUCGAGCAAAGUGAGACCAGCUUGCUAGUAAAUAAAUAACAUUUUAAAAAUAGAGGCAGCUCACUGGUAAGUGCUGCUAUUUGAGCUAUUUUUACAACAGGCCAGCGGGCUACUCAUCUGGUCCUUACGGGCUACCUGGUGCCCGCGGGCACCGCGUUGGUGACCCCUGCGGCAAUUCAAGGAAAUAUGGUAUGUCUGCAGGAACAUGCACAGACUUUUUGGGAAGCUCAUUUUAGGCACUCGAGCCAAAAACAUAGGGCAAAACUAACUACAGUAAUACGACUUAUGUUAUUAUUAUGUUACUAUUAUGUUAGAUCCACUGGAUGUCCAUUGCAUCCGGUCUCCCCUAGAGGGCGGUCACCCACAUCUGCGGUCCUCUCCAAGGUUUCUCAUAGUCAUUCACAUUGACGUCCCACUGGGUUGUGAGUUUUUCCUUGCCCUGUUGUGGGCUCUGAACCGAGGAUGUCGUUGUGGCUUGUGCAGCACUUUUAGACACUUGUGAUUUUAGGGCUGUAUGAAUAAACAUUGAUUGAUUGAUUGAUGACUAAAAUCACAGAAUGAUAUUUUCCACUUGUAUAGUGAAAAAAUACAAAAAUUAACCCCUCUUCCACCGUGAAGCCGAGGAUUAAGUUAAGUAAUUUAAUUAGUGGUAUUGUUAUCAUAAGCGCAAACACUAACUAUUUGUAGCGGCGCAGUAAUCACCAGCUUGUGUACCAAUGUUGACAUCACAGACUGGUGAGCUGCUUUCUCGCUUGUGGAAGUACAUUCCGGAUAAUAAAUCAUGCAUCUCACUUUGAUAGUAAAAGGAUGAAGACAAAAUCCGACAGGGUUGCUACACUUUGACAGCCAUUUUAGACCCUGAAAUGUCCAGAACGACACGAAAAGAUACUUGGUUCCAACCCCCAGAAUCUUUGCAAGGACUAUGAGUCAUUCUUCAUCCAAAUGGGAAUAUAUAUAUAUAUAUAUAUAUAUAUAUAUAUAUAUAUAUGUAUUAACACAACCUAUUCAGUAGCCGAGUGCAGUGUUUUUCAACCACUGUGCCGUGGGAGAUUAUCUAAUUUCACCUAUUUGGGCUAAAAAUAUUUUUCAGCAACCCAGUAAUUAUAGUCUGCAAAUGAUGUGUUGUUGUUGAGUGUCUGUGCUGUCUAGAGCUCUGCAGAGUAACCGUGUAAUACUCUAACAUAUCAGUAGAUGGCAACAGGUAGCUAAUUGCUUUGUAGCUGUUGAUAUAACGGGAGGCAGUAUGCAGAUAAAAAGGUAUUUAAUGCAUAAUCAAGAAAUAAACAAAAGGUAACUGCCCCUAAGAAAAGGCAUUGAAGCUUAGGGAAGGCUAUGCAGAACAAAAAUAAAACUGAACGGGCUACAAAGUAAACAAAAACAGAAUGCUGGACGACAGCAAAGACUUACUGUGUGAGCAAAGAUGGCUUCCACUAUGUACAUCCGAACAUGACAUGACAAUGUCUCCAGGAUGAAGGAUAAAAACAAAGUAGAUGCGGGAAAUAUCACUCAAAGGAAGAUAUGAAACUGCUACAGGAAAACUCAGAGAAAAAUCCACCAAAAUAGGAGCGUAAGAAAAGAACUAAAAGACUACACACAAGAAAACAGCAAAAAAGUCCAAAUAAUUCAGGGUGUGACGUGACAGGUGUUGACAGUACACCUACUUUGAGACAAGAGCUAUAGUGACACAUGCUUUAAAGUCAUAUCCAACAAUUGCAACAACGACUUUUUACUGUCAACUGAGUUUCGUUUUUUUAACGAUUUCUGCUGGUGGUGUGCCUACGCAUUUUUUUUAACUCAAAAAAUGUGCCCUGGCUCAAAAAAGGUUGAAAAACACUGGCCUAGUGGAUAGAGUGUCCGCCCUGAGAGCGGUAGGUUGUGAGUUCGAACCCGGACGGAGUCAUACCAAAGACUAUAAAAAUGGGACCCAUUACCCCCCUGCUUGGCACUCAGCAUCAAGAGUUGGAAUUGGGGGUUAAAUCACCAAAAAUGAUUCCCGGGCACGGCCACCGCUGCUGCUCAAUACUCCCCUCACCUCCCAGGGGGUGAUCAAGGGUGAUGAGUCAAAUGCAGAAAAUAAUUUUGCCAAACCUAGUGUGCGUGACAACUAAUUGGUACUUUUGACUUUAAUAUGAACAUCCUAGCAGUUAGCAUCCUAUUGACAGCAGACCUUGUACAGUAAGUGAUGUUUUAUCAUGUGUGUUGGCUCUCACGAAGUGAGCAGUAAUCAGUUUGGGGCAAAAAAGUAAACGUGAUGCAUUUUUUAAUUAUUGUGCCGCAUAUUCCUAAGAUGAUCAAAUUACGCAAAUAUGAAAUGUUAAAAAAUGUGCCUGUUACUACAUUACAUAUAUACUUACAUCAUGUAGUACAGGGGCGCUCACACUUUUUCUGCAGGCGAGCUACUUUUCAAUUGACCAAGUCGAGGAGAUCUACCUCAUUCCUAUUUAUAAUUUGUAUUUAUUUAUUUAUGAAAGAGACAUUUUUGUUAACAAGUUAAUGGUGUUUAAUGAUAAUACAAGCAUGUUUAACACACAUAGAUUCCUUUCUUUCAUGAAGACAAGAAUAUAAGUUGGUGUAUUACCUGAUUCUGAUGACUUGCAUUGAUUGGAAUUAGACAGUGGUGCUGAUAACGUCCGCAUUUUCAAAUGGAGGAAAAAAAAAGUCCUCCUUUCUGUCCAAUACCACAUGAAAGUGGUUGGAUUUGGCAUCUCAUUUGUCCAACUUGCAUACUCGUUUUUAAACACUUUGUUAUGAGAGUAGCAUAUGUGUGUGGCCCUUUAAUG